AUGGUGCGGAUUAGCGUGCUCCGUGACUGUCUCAACAACAUCGUGAAUGCCGAGAAGCGCGGCAAGAGGCAGGUCCUGAUCAGGCCAAACUCCAAGGUCAUCAUCAAGUUCUUGCAGGUGAUGCAGAAGCACGGCUACAUUGGUGACCUGGAGAUCAUAGAUGACCAUCGUGCUGGCAAGGUUGUUGUGGAGCUCAUUGGUCGCAUCAACAAGUGCGGCGUGAUCUCUCCUCGGUUCGACGUCUCCGUCGCGGGCAUUGAGCAGAUGGCCAGUGACAUCCUCCCGUCGCGUCAGUUCGGUCAUCUCGUGCUGACCACCACAUAUGGCAUCAUGGACCAUGAGGAGGCCCGUCGCAAGCACGUCGGCGGCAAGAUUCGGUUCAGUCCAAGCCAACGGCUUUGGGGCGCCAUCGUCAAGAUGGUGCGGAUUAGCGUGCUCCGUGACUGUCUCAACAACAUCGUGAAUGCCGAGAAGCGCGGCAAGAGGCAGGUCCUGAUCAGGCCAAACUCCAAGGUCAUCAUCAAGUUCUUGCAGGUGAUGCAGAAGCACGGCUACAUUGGUGACCUGGAGAUCAUAGAUGACCAUCGUGCUGGCAAGGUUGUUGUGGAGCUCAUUGGUCGCAUCAACAAGUGCGGCGUGAUCUCUCCUCGGUUCGAUGUCUCCGUCGCGGGCAUUGAGCAGAUGGCCAGUGACAUCCUCCCGUCGCGUCAGUUCGGUCAUCUCGUGCUGACCACCACAUAUGGCAUCAUGGACCACGAGGAGGCCCGUCGCAAGCACGUCGGCGGCAAGAUUGUGGGCUUCUUCUUCUGAGUGCAGACAGGAAUAGAAACUAGCUGGAUCAGUGGUCGUGGGCUUGGAAUGUGCA